AUAACUCACGAGGAAGAACAAACGAGGAAGAAGAUAGACAGACGAAGAUGGAGACCUCAUUUUUAGACCGUAGGCUUCAGUCAACAGAAUCCAAUGGAGGAGCUUUCAGUCCAUCUCCUCUUCCCGAACUCCGCUUGGUUUUAUUGGGCCGCAAAGGCGCUGGAAAGAGCUCAGCAGCAAACACCAUCCUCGGCCUUGCAGGAGGCUUCGAGACCAACAAACCCACUGAAGAGUGUGUGAAGAGGCGGGCAGACGUGGCGGGACGGCGGGUUACAGUUGUGGACACUCCAGGUUGGGAAUGGUACUACUCUGCGAACGGGACUCCCGAAUGGGUCAGGAGGGAAACCAAGCGGAGCGUGUCUUUAUGUCCUCCAGGCCCUCAUGCUGUACUUCUAGUGGUACGAUCCUGCACAUCUGUAACAGCUGAAUACCAUCAGCAGAUUGAAGAGCAUCUGGAGCUGCUGGGAAAAGCGGUGUGGGAUCAUACAUUAGUGCUGUUCACCAGAGGUGAUGAACUGGGCUCUGUAUCAAUCGAACAGCGGAUCCAAAAUGGUGGCAAGUCUUUUCAGAGGCUCCUGGAGCGCUGCGGCAACCGGUUUCAUGUUUUGGAGAACAAGCGGAGGGUUGAUGACGGGUCGCAGGUGAAGGAACUGAUGGGGAAGAUGGAUCGGCUGGUGGAGGAAAGAAGAGGCAGAUAUUAUGGGAUGGAUCUGCUGCUCCUGGAGCUAGAGGUGGAGAGCAAACGGAGAGCGAGAGAACGGAGGAAGAAACAAAGGUUGAUGGAGGCGCAGACACACCGGGGGACCAUCAGAGCCGUGCUGAUGAGUGAUAAUCCACAAAUUGAAGACUUGGAAGACAGAAACCUCUUCUCCAGAGGUUCACGGCGUCUCCCGGAGCUGAGACUGGUUCUGCUGGGAGAAAGAGAGACAGGGAAAAGCUCUGCUGGGAACGCCAUCCUCGGAGGACCAGGAUACUUUCAAAGCAAAGAGGCUACAGAGGAGUGUUCCAGACAGCAGACAGAGGUGUCUAAUAGACUGGUGACGGUGGUGGAUGUGCCCGGAUGGGAAGGCGGACCUGAGGGAAUUACUCCAGAGAGAGUGAAGCGAGAGAUCGGAUUGAGCGUGACUCUGUGUCCUCCUGGCCCUCAUGUAUUUCUUUUGACAUUGAGAGUGGAUGCGUUUGUUCAAGCACAGGUGGUUCGGGAGCACAUGGAGCUUUUAGGAGAAGCAGUCUGGAGACAUACACUGCUUCUGUUCACGAGGGGCGACCAGCUACGAGAAGGAGUCACAAUUGAGCAGCACAUCCAAGGAGGAGGGAAAGAACUUCGCUGGUUGGUGGAACGAUGCUCAAAUAGAUUUCAUGUCAUCAGCAGCAAUUCAUCUCCAGAAUCGCAGAUUUCCAAAACACAAAUAACAGAACUUCUGGAGAAGAUUGAGAAGAUGGUGGCGGGAAAUCGCUGCGAGGCAUUCUUGCCACUAGUUCACGAGAUUCAGGAUUUGGGAAGACAAAAGAACGAGAAGUUUCAACUGAGAGUCAAGGAGUUCAAUGAGAAGCUUCAACGGCAAGAGGAGGAACUAAAGAAGAUGAAGGAACGUGAGGUUAGGAGCAUUCGGUGGUUCUUCGAAAGACGCAAAAAAGAUAAAGUGCAAUCUCCUGGGAAGGCUGAGAGAGAAGAAGUGCAGUAUAAGGGUGAAGAUGACCGGAGAAGUGUGAUGGGUGAGCUUGAGGAGAGGAUGGCUUGGUUAACAGAAGACAAGGAGCAAGAGUUGCAAGAGCUGAGCUCUAAACUGAGCAAAGUCAUGGUGAGUUACGAUCAAUUAUUGAAAGAGAAAGAGCAGCUGGUGAUGAAACUAGAGGAACAAGAACGUGAGGGGGAAGAAAAAGUGGAUGAACUUCAAAUGAAGCUGCUGGAAGUGGAACGCUUGGGUGCAUUGAUGGAGCAAGAGCAAAAAGAGAGAGACGCUGAAAUUCAGCAUGAACAUAUGGAUGCGAUGAAUGAGCUUGUAAACCAAUUGAUGGAUGCUAAAAGAGAGAAUGAAAGAAUGAAAGGGAAGGUUGAAGAGAUUCAAAAAGAAAUGGAUGCAUCACAACAGAGGCAUGAAGAAGAGAUCACAAUGAAAGAAAGCAAACUGAAAGCAAAGGACAAUGACAUUGAAAAGCUUUCAAGAGAAAUUGAGGAGGUGAAACGCAAUGCUGUGAACACGAAAAAAGAACAAACUGAUAAAGAUGAGAAGAAAGAGAAAGAGAUGGACAAGCUGAGAGAGGUGAUAGAGAUGAUGACCAAAGAGAUGGAGCAGCUGCGAAUGUCCUAUCAAGAGCAAGUGAAGACGACAGAAGCUGAGAGAGAAAUGCAUGAUAAUGUAGUCGAGAAAUACAACACGCUCAUUGACAAGCUUGUUGGCAAAGAUGAGGAAAUAGAGCGAACGAUGAGAGAAAAAGAAAAUGAGCUGCAUCGAAAUGCUGAAACGCAAGAGAAACUUCAGCUAAAAGAAGAUGAAAUGGUCAAAUUAAGGCAAAGAGAUCAGGAAAAGGACAGAGAAAUAGAGACACUGAUGGAAAGCAUUACUGAAAAGCAGAGAAACAUUGAAAAGCUAAGAGAUGUGGUUCAUGCAAAUACUGAAAAACACACAGCUGAACUAAAAGCUCUGGAGGAAGAGUUGAAAACAAAAGAUGAUGAAAUAAUCAAAUUAAAACAAGGCGAGCAGGAGAAAGACAAAGACAUUAAAAUACUAAUGCAAAGCAUUAUCGAAAAACAAGCUGAAAUUGACAAGUUAGAAGACAAUGCACAAGAAAAUGCUGAUCAACUAAUACAUUUACAAGAAGUAAUCAAAGAAAAGGAAGGAGAAAUAGAAAAAUUAAGUCAAAGAGGCCAAGAGAAAGAACGAGAAAUUGACAUACUUAAGCAAAACAUCGCCGAAAAACAGAACGAUGCUGAAAAAUUAAGAGACAGCAUCCAGGAACACAUUACGCAAAGUGCAGCUCAACUUAAGCAUUUAGAGGAAGAGGUGGAAAUAAGAGAAGAGGAAAUAACCAAAUUAAGACAAAGAGACCUGCAGAAAGACAAAGAAAUUCACACACUUAUGGAAAACAUUGUAGGCCAAAAGCAGGAUGCAGAGCAAUGUCAAAACAGCAUGCAAGCAAAUAUUGAGGAAAGUGCUGCUCAUAUGAAGCGUUUAGAGGAAGAAUUAGAAAUAAAAAACAGGGAAAUAAUCCAAUUAAGAGCAAAAGAGCUGGAGAAAGACAGAGAUAUGAACACAUUGCAGGAAAACAUUAAAGAAAAGCAGACAGACAUUGAAAAGUUAAGAGAGAGCAUUGAGGAAAGUGCUGCUCAACUACGGCGUUUACAAGAGGAGCUACAAACAAAAGAAGAUGAAAUAACCAAAUUAAAUCAAAGAGAUCUGGAUAAAGACAAAGAAAUUCGCACACUUAUGGAAAACAUUGAAAGCCAAAAGCAGGAUGCUGAGGAAAGUAAAAACAGCAUGCUAUCAAAUAUUGACGAAAGUGCUGCUCAGAUGAAGCGUUUAGAGGAGGAAUUAAAAAUAAAAGGUGGGGAAAUAACUCAGUUAAGAGCAAAAGAGCAGGAGAAAGACAGAGAAAUGAACAUACUGUUGGAAAAGAUUAACGAAAAACAUGCAGAUGUUGAAAAGUUAAGAGAGAGAAUUGAGGAAAGUGCUGCUCAACUACAACGUUUACAAGAUGAAAUAGCCAAAUUAAACCAAAGAGAUCUGGAGAAAGACAAAGAAAUUCACACACUUAUGGAAAACAUUGUAGGCCAAAAGCAGGAUGCUGAGGAAUGUAAAAACAACAUGCAAUCAAAAAUUGAGGAAAGUGCUGCUCAAAUUAAACAUUUAGAGAAGGAAUUAAUAACAAAACACGGGGAAAUAACCCAAUUAAGAGCAAAGGAGCAGGAGAAAGACAGAGAAAUGAACAUACUGUUGGAAAAUAUGAACCAAAAACACACAGAUGUUGAAAAGUUAAGAGAGAGAAUUGAGGAAAGCGCUGCUCAACUACAGCGUUUACAAGAUGAGCUACAAACAAAACAAGAUGAAAUAGCCAAAUUAAACCAAAGAGAUCUGCAGAAAGACAAAGAAAUUCACACACUUAUGGAAAACAUUGUAGGCCAAAAGCAGGAUGCCGAGGAAUGUAAAAACAGCAUGCUAUCAAAUAUUGAGGAAAGUGCUGCUCAAAUUAAACAUUUAGAGGAGGAAUUAAUAACAAAACAUGGAGAAAUAACCCAAUUAAGAGCAAAGGAGCAGGAGAAAGACAGAGAAAUGAACAUACUGUUGGAAAAUAUGAACCAAAAACACACAGAUGUUGAAAAGUUAAGAGAGAGAAUUGAGGAAAGUGCUGCUCAACUACAGCGUUUACAAGAGGAGCUACAAACAAAAGAAGAUGAAAUAACCAAAUUAAAUAAAGGACGGAUGGAGAAGGACAAAGAAACGGACACAGUGAUGCAAAACCUGAACGAAAAGCAUCGUGGAGAUGUAGAAAAGCUGCAGAACUGCAUUCGGGAACACAUUGAAGAAGGUGCUACACAAUUAAAACACCUCGAGGAAGAGUUUGACGUGAAGAUGGAGGCAUGCAAAAGGAAACAUUUGAUGAUGGAGGAGGAGAUGGAGAAUGUUAAGAAGCAAUAUGAGGAGACUAGACUGAAAAUUGAGAUGAAAGAGAAUAUCAUCCAUCAGUUACAACAGCAGUAUGAAAAUGCUGAACGAAGCUUGGAGGAGCUGAAACAGCAAAAUAAAGAAGAGCAAGAGCGAAACAAUAUCCUUAAAGACGUGAAUGGAGAACUGGAGAAAGGGCUGAAGAUUUCCGAUGAGCGCUGUGAGGAACAGACUACAGAAUUAAAGGGGUUAAAAGAAGAGAUAGAUGAGGUAAAACUGCUGCUUGACGAAAAGGAGAAAGAUUUGCAAGACAUGAAGGUGUAUUAUGAAGGAAAACUAAGAGAAAGGCAUGAGGAGAAUGAGAUGAGGGAUAUAGAGACUGAACAAGACCUUCGAAAGAGAGAGAGAGAGGUAGAAAGGAGAGAAGAGAAACUGCUAACAAGAGAGGAUGAAAUUAAUAGGAGAGAACAAGAGAUAAUAGAGGAAAAGCAGGAUAUGGAGGUGCAAAUGUACAGGAUUAGAGAAGAGGAGAAGAAUCUGGAAAACGAGAGUGAGAAUAAUAAACGUCUGGCUGAAGAUCUGCUGCGGAUGAAAGAGGAGGUUCAGAAAAAGGAGGAGGAAUUGAAGGAUAAAGAUGAUGUUUUAAACAUGCAGGAGCAGGAGAUUAAAGUUAAAAUGGAUGAGUUGCAAGCAACCGAGAAUAUACUGGAAACUAAACAGAAGGAAAUUAAAGAUCUGACUGAAAAGCAGGAGAAAAAUAUGGAAAACCUUAGACAGAAGUUGGAGAGAAACGAACAAGAGCUGAUGGAAAUGAAGGCGAGUUUUGAUAAAGAGCAACAAAGGCUUAAAGAAGAAGAAAGAUCUUUGGAAAUGCUCAAGGCAAAUCUGGAAACCAGAGAAAAUGAGCUUAAUAAACGUGAGCAGAUGUGGGAAGUAAAGACCCAAGAGCUUUUAAAGAGCUCAGAGGAACUUCAAAACAACAAAUGUGCAAUGGAGAAAUGGCAAGCCGAGCUGAGGAAUCAGGAGCAUGAUCUUCUGCAGAAAAUUAAUGGAGUAGAAAAAAAGGAGCAAGAACUUGUUCAGAGAGAGCUGGAGAUUGAACUCAAUCUUCAACAGAUGCAACAUCAAAAUAUGGAAAAACAAGAUGAUACACAGCAGGUUUCAUCUGACGAACGUGAAAUGGAGCUUGAGAGCAUCAGGAGAGCAUUGGGAAAAAUGGAGAAAGAGGUGAUAAAAGUCGAAGAAGCGAUUUCUCAAAGAGGACAGAAACUAAAGGGUGAGGAAAUAUCUUCAGAGAAAAGACAGAAAGUCAUGCAAAAUAGGGAAGAAAGCGAGAGACAGCAGCAUGAAGAUGUGUUACACAAUCUGGACAAACAGCAGGAUGUUUUGAAAGACCUAGAACAAUCUUUAGAUACCAGAGAAUCAGACCUGCGCCAACUGGAAUUGGAGCUCACUAUGAAAGAUAAAAACAUGGCUGAAAAACAAGAACUCCUGCAUAACCGAGAAUUAGAUCUUAAGAAGAAGGAGAGUGAUGUUGAAAGCAAAACACAAAAGCUUGAGCUACUAAAAACAACACUAGAUGGGAAGGAAAGAGAGCUUGAGGAACGACACAAUCAACUUGAUUGCAGAGCGCUGGAGUUAAAUAAUAAUCGAGAGAAGCUUAAAAAGAAGCGGGAGGAACUUGAGAAAUGGGAGAAGUACUUGUAUAACACAGAGCUCAAACAUAUUCAACAUGAGUCUUCCUCAGGACAUCAGCAAUGGACAAACUCUACUGAAUUCAAUGGUGAGCAAGCAGACGUUGAAGAAUUCAAUCGAAUUUACAAGAAAUGCACAAGAAAUGAAAAAGAAAGUGAACGGCGAUUGGAUUUAGCUACUAAUAACUAUGAAAUCAACACAUCAGUACAGAAUCAAAAGAUUCAACAUAUGCUAGAUGCCCUGCAAAUGGAGGAAAAUACUGAUGGUGAAAGUGAGGAAGACUUCUUUGAAUCUUCAAGCACCAAUUUCCAACCAACCCAACUUAUAAGAGUACCUGAGCUAAGACUGAUGCUUUUAGGAGACUCCUGGUCAUCCCGUCAUCCAACAAGAUGCACAAUUGUUGGUCCUGAUGCAGAUGGAUCCAACCCUUGGAAAGGAGAGAUAUCCGGCAGACAUGUAACCAUUGUAGAGCCUAAAGGCUUAAAAUGGAGAUCAGGAACUGACAGUAAAAGCACAUUUCAAAAACAUCUCUCUCAAAGUGUCUCUAUGUGUCAACCUGGACCACAUGCCUUCAUCUUGGUUAUACCCUCUUAUAUAUCCAUCACUAGUCAAUACAGACGAGCAGUAGAACAUACAAUGUCUGCACUAGGAGAAACCUCAUGGAGGCAUGCUAUUGUUCUGCUUACCUGGGGGGAAACAUUGGGAGAGAGCGUCCAGCAGCAUGUUAAGAGAAACAGUGACCUGGAAAGACUGGUUCGGAGGUGUGGAAAUAGAUGCUACGUUUUUAACAAUAGACAUCAGGAAUCAAACGUGGUGGUGUUGCUGGAGAAGGUUGAGGAGAUGCUGGGAGUAAACAAUGGAUGUUACUACAAACUGGACUGAAAGAGAGCAUUGAUGACUGUUACUAGUAAUUAAGUUAUGAUAAAUAAGUAUAGUAGAUGGUUGGCAUUAAACACUAUUUAUGUGUUUAGCAGUAACCUACAGUGCAUUUGAAAAAUAAAGAUAUGUUUUUCAAAAAUA